UUAUAACUCCAACAAGUGUGCUAUCAGGAACACACUUGGACAGCCGCAGCCUUCAGUCCAUGACCCCAUAGAACCUCUUUUUUUUUUAAUCAAUUGGAUUUAAAUGGACGUAUGUUGGGCUGCUGGUUAGCAGCACUGGUGUUGUAAGAGCUAGAAAGACAUUGCUUUGCCAUAUAGUAUCAGUCAGUGGUAGGAAAAUUGGAUAAUCUAAGUGGCUACACUUUGUAUGCACUAAAAGACUACUUGGGGGACCCAAAAAUGUAUGGAUCCAUUCUGUAACCUGUCGCAAAGACUCUUUUUGUAUUGGCUAAUUUUACAAAUAAUACAUUCAUGUCAUAUCAGAUUCAUUGUAAAUAAAAAUGGCAAACUGCAAAACAAUAAAAAUCAAUAUAAGUAAAUGAUUAGGGAUUUUGGGGGGUUUCUAUCUUCCAGCUGCAUGGUAAACAUGUGACAUACAGUAUGAUUUGGUUAUGUGGCCGGCCAAGAACAAACAAGUCUUUAUGUACAUUUACACUAAAUCUGCUAUAUUUGUGCCUGCUGACAUUCUUAAACCUACAUACAUCUGGAUAGUUGUUGCAAACCUAAUAUUUUGAAUAUCACAUGACUAUGGUCAAGUUUCCAUGUCAUUUUUUAAACUUUAUAUUAGAAAUGUAAACUGGGAAAUCUAUUACAUUGUUUUUGUAGAUGUUUGACUUCAUCUGUGAGUAUAGUGAGGAUUUAAAUAUAACUACCGUGACUUAUUUUAUUUCCAGUCUGAUCUGGUCUUGAUCAAACAGUUGUGUAUGAAGACGGUGAUGAAUAAAAGCACAAAUCUUGAGUUAAAAAGCCUCGUUUCUGUCCACACAACUCUCCUUGACGAACAGACUGCAUUACCCAGAAUCCUCAGCUCCAAACAGACAACACCAGCAGCACAUGCGUUAUCAUGGCGGCCCCCGCUAGAAAGAUGGUUGGUGUUUCUGACGACUCCAGCAGUAGUGACGAUGAGGUGUUAAAAAGAUGUCAGGAGGCAGUUUGGGAGACACGAGCGGACGAAAAGAAAGAUGGGGACAGCAAUGUGACGCAGUCAAAGCGUUUUGUUGUCGCUGACCACGAACACGAUGGCAACGAGCUCCAGGUCACCCAAGGGUUUCGAACACACGUUGCUAAAAAGUUGGGACAUCUUCUCGACAGUUCCAUUGCAGAAAUGUGUACUGAAACUGUAUCCUGUGUGGAAUCAGCAAAAUGUGAUGAUGAUGAUCAUGAAGGAUUUCGUCUGCUUUCUACAUCAGUACCGGGACAGCCAGCCGAUGAUCCCCCAGCUCCUGUGAGGCGUCGGCCUCUUCCCAGCUCAAGUGACAGCGACAGUGAGAUGGAAACAAGGCUGAGGGAGGCAGCGGUGUCCGUCAAAGAUCUCUUAUCCGAAUCGUUACCGCUCUCUGCACUCUACACUCCCUCAGCAGAAAAAUUAAAGAGGAAAGUGGCAGAGGGAGAGGAGAGUCAUGUUGUGAAGAAGAAGAAGAAGAAGAAGAAAAAGAAAAAGAGGAAAGCGAAUCAAGAAGGGGGUGAGCAGGUGGACUCUGCAGGUGGUCCUCAUAAUGCUCAAAGAAAUGGUGAGCAUGGGAUCUCAGAGCAGGAACACACACAGGUCAAAGUGAAACGGAAAAAGAAGCAAAGAAAAUUGCACACAGAGGAAGAAGCUUUGAACUGAACUAAUGACCAAUCUUUCACUGUUUUGGGAUGUUUGUUUGUUAUCCAGUCCGUCAAGCUUGAAAUAUAUUUCCCCAAAAAAUGUUAAGUAUAUUUAAGGAAGCCGUGUGUGUCCAAACAGAUGACAGCAAAAGUGUAUCCGAACAGAAACCUCUUUUGAUUCCAUUGCUCGUGGUUAUUCUUGAAAUAGACUUUUCUUUGUCAUGAAAGAUACUCAUUUAAGCCAUUUCAAGGCAGUGACGUAAACAAUGCAGUUAACAUGCCGUUUACAAGUUUCAACUUAAUGUACAGUUUCUGAAUGUUACCAAACAUCUUAAUAAAAAUACAUUUUGGUGUUGA